UUUUAUUUUUUGUUGUUGAAUUACUUUGCCUUUCGUUCUUUUAUAAUUUUAGCCAAUUUUAGAUUUUCUGUUAGUUUUGUGAAAAAUUGCUUGAAUAACAAUAAAAAAGGGAAAAAUAACGCAAGUUUCGAGUUGGUGUAUUGGCAUUUUAAUGUUAUAAAACCAAAAUGUCGAAAAAUAAAACGAAUUCGAUGGCCACCGCAGAAACAAAUCUUAUCGAAGUGAAAUCAAAGUUUGACGCAGAAUUUCGUCGUUGGAGCUUUAAACGUCAUGGAGAUAUACAAAAUUUUGAGGAUUUUUCUGCCCUCAUUGAAAAACUGCAUAGACUGCAAACCAUACAAUUUAUUAUUUUAUAUAUUGAUCCACGUGACAAUGACCUGUUGCCAAUUAAUAAUGACGAUAACUUCGGCAGAGCGUUGAAAAUUGCAAGGCCAUUGUUGCGCAUCAUUGUGCAACGUAAAGAUGAUUUGGAGGAGUUUCCCGGUUUUGGCACAAUGAAGCCACGUAACAAUCUAAUCAGCAGCAUAUUAGGUCAAACGCCAGUUAAGGCAAAGGCACCAACUAUUUCAAUACCGCAUGAUUUUCGUCAAGUAUCAGCUAUAAUUGAUGUGGAUAUAGUACCAGAGACACAUCGUCGGGUACGAUUGUUAAAACACGGAAGCGAUAAGCCAUUGGGUUUCUAUAUAAGAGAUGGUACGUCGGUGCGAGUAACGGCAAAUGGUUUAGAAAAACAGCCUGGUAUCUUCAUAUCACGGCUUGUUCCUGGUGGCCUUGCUGAGAGUACUGGUCUCCUAGCAGUUAACGACGAAGUUAUAGAAGUGAAUGGUAUUGAAGUGGCUGGCAAAACCCUAGAUCAGGUCACCGAUAUGAUGGUAGCAAAUAGUUCCAAUUUAAUAAUUACAGUUAAGCCGGCAAAUCAGCGCACGCUUACCUCACCAAGACGCGGUUCUUUCUCGCGUACCAGUCAACUAUCUAGCGGUUCACAUCAUACCAAUCAGACUAAUACAUCUGAUGAAAAUGAACAGGAUGACCAAGACGAAGUUGUCGAUCUGACUGGUGUAACACUCGAUGAUCACAACAACGUUGCACAGCAGCCACAACUUCAACAACAGUCAACUGUGCCUUCACCGGCUUUGAUAAUCACGUCACAACAUCACCAAACGGCAUCAACAGCUUCAACAACAGUUGUUGGAGGCGGCGAGUCAAAAGAUGGUGUACUACAUCUUUGAAUGGAAUAGGGAAAGGGACAAAUUUGAAUACUGAGAAUGAAAUGAAAUGACCGGGUUUUUAGAGCAAGGGCGCAAACGAAACUUUUAAAAGUCGAACAAAGAAGUAGUGCGGAGUAUAUAUACAUGCAUUCAUAAUACAUAUAUUUGAAAAAAAAAAAUCCAAGUCUACAAAAAUCUAAGAAAUCUUAGGCAUAACAAAUACGAAAAAAGACAUAUACACACAAAUUUUCAUGCUUCACGUUUUAUUUUUUAUUUCUACAUUCGUAACUAGUACUACUUAAUUAUGUAUAAAUUAAUUGUGUAAAGUGAAUAGUUAUUUAUGCGUUUAACGACGGUUCGCGGAAUUGUUACAAAUUGCUUUUCAAACACUAUGCACGUCGCCGCAACUUAACUAAACAAACUGUAUUAUUAGGAACUUAUACACAUAGAUAUACAUACAUACAUAUCUGCAAAACGUCAGAGAAAAAACUUGUGUUGUUAGUAUUUUUAAUCGUGUUUUACUGUAGUUGUCUAUUUAAAUUAAUGUUAAAUUGUCAGUUUAUUUUAAACGUGCUAUUUUGUAUGUGUAAUUGUUUCAAAUAUAAUUAAAUUUAAAUACAUAUUAACUGACAGUGUACACUGUGCAUCAGACUUACAUUCCAAGAAAAAAUUGUGAUUUUAUGUAAUUUGUGUAAAAUUUUUGUUUGGAUUCUAAAAUUCUAUAAAUGCUUAUUGUAGAGGGUAUUUUGUUUUUCGUAAACCUUUACAUACAUAUGUAUGUACCUUGAAUGCCAAGGCGAAGAAAAUAAAUACAGUUUAACUAUUUUACCGUAAUAUUCAAGUUGGGUUUCUGACAGCCUCGGCUCAACUUAUAAGAUUUUCGCACUCACCAAUUUUAUAUGCUUAUACACAUUGUUGUAUUGCAAAAUAUCAAGAAGAAAAAAUGUAUACUUCCUGUCGCCUAUAUUAUUAAGCGUUGAAAUGAAUUUGUAGUAAAAACGAAUAGAAAAACAUACGUAAUAUUUUGGCGUUCACCUUCGAAUGGCUAGUACUAAAUUCUUAAGGCACAGUCACUAAAUAAGCAAGCGAAGCCCAAUGUAUAGACGACAACUAUGGGUGCGGUCAGAAAUGCAUCAAGCCAAAUCAUCAGUAUCUUUUACUUCUAAACUACAACUGAUGGAAAUGCCUUAUUUACGUAAUUACGUUUCAAUGAGGCAUUUAACCGUGGUUGCGCAUAUUGGACACUUCCAUCAAUUACAGUUUAGAAAUAAAAGCGUCUGAUGCUUUGGCCUGAUGCAUUUCUGAACACACCAACACACCCUAUGCUGGUACUUAAUAGGUAGGGGCUUAUUCAGAACAUUUAUUUCAUCACAACAUACAUAUGUACAUACGUGUGACAACAAAGCAAAAACUAAACUCUCACAAAUAAGUAAAAUUUAUUACGAAAACAGCUUUACUACUAAAAAUUUGCUCAAUAUAAACAUUUUAAUGAAUAUUCUAAAUAAAAUUGGUGUGCAAAUAACUUUUUAAACCUACCAAAGAGUAAAUUAAUAAAAAUUUUUUUCAUACACAUACAAUUUGAAAGUCCAUUAAAAGAAAAAAAAAUAUUUAAUUAAAACAUAGCGACUAAAAAAUUAACUAAAGAGAAAAAAACUAAAGUAAAACAUCAAUUUGCAUGUGUCUUAUAGUCUUUUAGUAAAUUAAAGUACUUAUACAAUACUAUAUACACCUAUACCAGUCCAUAUGUACAUACGUGUGUAUAUAAAAAUUGAGACAUCUCGUCCUAUUUAACGCUCGUCCACUAGUAGUUAGCAAGACUAAAAUACAACUUUUUACUUCUCUCUAUUGUUGAAACGUUGUUAACUUAGAGCAAAUAGCAACCACUCAAAAGACUUGUCAAUUUAUGCCUUCGUAAGUAAUGGUUUUUACAAUAAAAUGUUAUACAAAACAAAAUCGAAAAUACCGAAAUUAUGUUAGCUAAAAGGAAUUUUAAGCAAUAUUAAGAAAAAAAGGCUAAAUUUUAUUUGAGUUGGAGAAUAAAUUUUUAAGCUGCAUAUUAACUGUCAAAAAGCGAAUAAUAACAAAAAGAAAUCUUGUGAAAUGCAUACACUUUUUAUACAUACAUACAUACAUAUAUACACAAAUAUGCAUAUUAUUAUAGUUCUAUAAUUGCAUCAAAUUGCAAGCGGUAGAGUUUUUUUGUUUAAUAAAGCCCAUGGGGAUAAAAAGUA